CAUGCAGUGGUAAUGGCUCGACAGCAAAGAUUUUGGGACGGCGAGCGGAGUUCCAGCGAUGACCUGAGUGCCAUGUCAAAUGAUAGCCAAAGGCACUUUGUAGGUCCACUUGCUAGUUACCAUGCUCACCCAUUCCUUCAAAUGGCUUCUCUUGGGAGCCUUGGCUGCUCAACAUUCCGUAGCAGAACCAUUGUUCCGUCAACAAAAUCCUGAUAUCACUGUCAAUAGCUUCAAUACUGCACAAGAAGCCGCAGUCUUGCAAGCCACCACUGACCUGCUAGCGGCCGAAUCCCUCGUCGCCUCAUGCAGCAGUUGCAUUUCCCUCCUCAAGGUCGUCAAGAACCUUGCCAUUAUUUCUGAAAGCCUUUUCCUAUCGACAUUAAUCAGUGUCUGCAAACGUUCUGGAUUUGACCCCAUAGUGUGUGAAGGAACCAUUAGGGAGCAAGGUCCGGUGUUGAGACAUGUUCUUCGUACAAUCAAUGUUUCUGGAAAAGAUGGUCAUAUCCUUUGUGCAGCUACCAUCGAUUCAUGUCCAUACCCUGUGGUGGACCAAUGGAAUCUCACGUUCCCAUCGCCCAAGCCAGCGAAUGCCCAGCCUCCAGCUCCUAGUGGCCAAGAAAUAACAGUUCUGCAUCUCAGUGAUUGGCACGUGGAUCCAUUCUACGAGAUGGGUGCGGAAGCUGCUUGCGAUAAGCCAAUAUGUUGCCGUCCCGAAUUCACCAAUUACGAAAACAUCACACAGCCUGCUUCAAUAUGGGGCGCCUAUACCUGCGAUACACCAAUCACAUUGCUGGAAUCCAUGCUCGAGUAUAUCCCAUCGGUAACUGAUAAGUACGCCUUUGCUAUACUUACUGGGGAUGUCCCACCCCAUGAAGUAUGGUCUACCCUUCCCUACAACAAGACCCAAGGCAUUGAAACAUUAUCAUACGAUCUCCUCCAUGCUCAUUUCGAUACCCCGGGCCUGAUUGAUGCCAAAUUGUACCCAGUGGUCGGCAAUCACGAAGCCGCUCCCACCAACUUGUUUCCCCACAAUGUGUCCCAGAUUCCCAAGGGAGACGACAAACAAUUUUUGAAUUUGACGUGGUUAUACGAAACCAUGUCGGAAAGCUGGAGUGGCUGGCUAGAAACUGAAGCGACGUUUGAACUGGUCCAUAACAGCGGUAGUUAUGUAGCCUAUCCCACGGACGGGCUUGUGAUUAUUGGACUCAACACCAUGUUUUGCUACACUUUGAAUUGGUGGAACAUGGAAAGUGGAGGUGAAAAGGACCCCAACGGUAUUUUCCAAUGGAUGAUCCAUCAUUUGCAAAUGGCUGAAGAUGAAGGAAAGCGGGUUUGGAUUAUUGGCCAUAUUGCUCCUGGUGACAAUACGUGUCUUCAUGAUUACUCCAACUACUAUUACCAAAUUGUCGAACGUUAUGCUCCUCACGUCAUUGCUGGCCAGUUCUUCGGUCACACACAUCGCGACGAACUCGAGAUCUUUUAUGAAAACGCUAAACAAAAAGCUGGCAAGGCUAUCUCUACAGCUUACCUUGCUCCUUCCAUGACACCCUUCAGCAUGAUGAACCCUGGUUUCCGUGUUUACAAAAUCGAUGCUGUGACAUUCGAGGUUAUGGACUCCCUUACCUAUGUUGCCGAUUUGGAUCAAGUGGAUGAUUGGGAAGAAACUGGACCUAACUGGCAUCUUGAAUACUCUGCUCGCGAAGCAUACUCAUCUUCAGAAGCUUCACUUGGUCCCAAAGAACCACUGUCCCCCGCAUGGUGGCAUAACGUUACCAAAUCCUUUGAAGAAAGCGACAGCAUGUUUGAAAAGUACUACAACUUCAGAAGCAAGUCUUCUCCAGAUCUACCUGAAUGCGACCAAGCCUGCCGUACCAACUUGAUUUGCGGCAUUCGCGCUGGCAAGUCUGAGCUUCGAUGCGACUAUCAGCGCGACGACAUGAACCAGACAUCAGAGGUAUCGCUGUUCUCCCAGCGCCAACGCAACCCUGAAAAGUUUGCCUACAUGAAGGAUUUGUGUAGUGGCAUGGAUCAUUAGUGGCCUGGA